UAAUGACUUUAUCAUUUCGCUUCCUCAAAGAAUCGGAAAGUGAACCGGAACCUCAGAAAAGAUCCAUGCCAAUGGCAUCCUGAAAUUAAACCCUGCAUAUAUAAACAUAAUACGUUGAUGAGCACGAUGCCAUCAAGUAGGUCUCACUUACAAAAAAUAUAAUCUCACAUUUUACUUCGAGGCAGUCAACCCAGUUGGCCACGAUGGAAGGAAAGCGAUUUGAAGACAUUGUUCGAAUAUUGAUCUAUAUUCAACUAUUCCUUGCUUCAGUUUGCGUUGGCUCAUCGCCAUGCAUGCCUGAAAGUGAUCGUUUCGGGGGCUACACGGUCAUAGGCGGUAGCGGUAACACCUCGUCGGCGGGUGUUCCUAGUGGGUCUAGGGUUCAAGUCUCAGUAAUAUGCAAUGUGGGUGCAACCGCACAAUCCGUGACGACACAAUGCUCUAAUGGAACAUGGAUCCCACCAUGGCCUCGAUGUAAGCUACCUUGUUCGGUACCAAGGAACAGUGGACCAGUUCGCCAGUUUGUGAAUGGAGAAGCGACGAGGCCAAUAACUAGCUACUAUACCCGUUCAACCUUACCCGUUGGCACCCAGCUAGUUGCUAGAUGUAGAGACCCUGGCAAAUAUAGAUUGAUUGGUGAUCAACGACGAACUUGUGAAGGAGGACAGUGGACCGGGGAAGAACCAGAAUGCCAACCCGUUGAAACACAAUUCUUAUUCUACGGCGCAUUGCGUGAGGUGGCUAGUAAUGGGACAAUCGUGGUUUACGUGCAUCGUGGCCAUCCCAUGCGUCUUGAUGUAGUCUGUUACAUCACAAGUGCAUGGUUGGGACCUCCUCGACUGACAACUCCUCUCGUGAAUGACGAAGACUUACAGCAUUGGAACUGGCCAAAAUCCCAGGGAAAACGGUUGUAUCCUAUCUCUACUGAUUUCUCUGGCAUGUAUACAUGCAGUGGGUCGUCUUCAUUUCACAGCGUAAAUGUGCUGUUUAAAGAUACCAUACCAUACCGUGUUAGAGCUGCUGAGUGCGACGUCCCUGCGGCUCCAGAGCACGGGAGGUUACUAUUUGGUUCCAGACAGCAGCCUCGAGAUAUCUUUACAUCUGGUGCAACAGUUUCAUUCGAAUGUGAAGAUGAUUACCGCUUGGUGGGAUCUAGUGAAAUCACAUGUGAGAAGGGUCAAUGGUCGGAUGAUCUUCCCGUAUGUACAGGUAUUAUGGCCUUAUUUCUGCGCACCUAACAUUUCGUUUGAAAUUGUCGUAUUACAC